GGGCCGCUGCUGGCGUGCGCGCGUUGCCAGCUGCUGUUGGGGGUUUUUGGCUCUCUUCGUCCUUUCGGCACCUCCAGUCUCAUUCCUCAAUAUGAAGGCUCUGAGCCCGGUGCGCGGCUGCUACGAGGCGGUGUGCUGCCUGUCUGAACGCAGCCUGGCCAUCGCGCGCGGUCGCGGCAAGGGUCCCGCAGCCGAGGAGCCGCUGAGCCUGUUGGACGACAUGAACCACUGCUAUUCGCGCUUGCGGGAACUGGUCCCUGGAGUCCCGCGAGGCACUCAGCUUAGCCAGGUGGAAAUCCUGCAGCGCGUCAUCGACUAUAUCCUCGACCUGCAGGUGGUUCUGGCUGAGCCCGCUCCUGGACCCCCAGACGGCCCGCAUCUUCCCAUCCAGACAGCUGAGCUCGCUCCGGAACUUGUGAUUUCCAACGACAAGAGGAGCUUCUGCCACUGACCUGGCAGUCCUGGCGCCUCCAGAAUGCAGGUGCUGGCGCCCGUUCCGCCUGGGACCCCGGGACCCUCUACGGCCGGAAGCCCGAGGGCAUGGAUGGGCCCCAACCUCGCCCUGCCCACUUGACUUCCCCGAACCCCUGCCUCGAGCCUGGACCUGGCGCCCGGGAGCGAAGGACUGUGAACUUGGGUGGCCUAAAGAGCCAGAGCUAGCUCUGGGCACCAGCUGGGCGACGUCUCCCGGCCCCCACCCCACCCCUAAGUUUUAAAGUCUUUCUUUCACAAGUGUGGAGGUUGAGGGGGGGUGGCUGCUCUCCAAAGUCUGCCAAGGCAGCAGUAGAGCUAGUCUUCUGGUCUCCUUGGAGAAAGGCUCUGUUGCCCUGAUUAUGAACUCUAUAAUAGAGUAUAUAGCUUUUGUACCUUUUUUGCAGGAAGGUGACUUUCUGUGACCAUGCAAUGUAUAUUAAACUUUUUAUAAAAGUUAACAUUUUGCAUAAUAAACGGUUUUUAAACACUUGA